CAAACCAUCGAAGAAGCCAGCAUGGCAACGCAUUACAGUUCUGGCCAGUAUGAGGAUGCCUAUGCUGCCCGGAACUCGCAAAACUGGAGUCGUCCCCGAGUGUUUAAGCAGCACCCUUCCGCUAGAGAAGGCUACUCUCAAUUCAUAGCCAAUGACAGAGGACAUCUACUCCCUUUGGUCCCACGCUCAAAGGCUUCCCCGUGGGGCACUUACAUGAGCACCUGGGACAUGCCGUUGAGAAUUCCUCCUGCCAAAGUGAGCCUGACGUCCCGUUCCGUGGCUGCAGCGGAUCACCUCACCGAGUGGAUCAAUAAGUCCAAGGCUUUGGGAGACGCCUGCAACGGGCUGAUCCCAGAGAUCACUGGCAAGCCGAGCGAACCGAAAGAGACUUCCGUCAAAGCCGUCCGCCCCACCAGAAAAGGUGAGCAGCGCCCCGACUCGGCUGCCAAAAUGCCUGCCCAAGGAGAGAUCAAGUAUAGAGGAGCCGCCAUCCCCGAAGGGCCCCUCUCACGCCAACCUGGCUGUAUCGAUGUCCGACUCAAAGAAGACUCUUCGCAAGACAUCGAGGACGCCAAGGAGGUGAAGCGCAGAAGUGCCAGCGAAAUCCCACUCUCCCGCCAGCCGGGCUCCAUGGAUGUCCGUCUCAAAGACACCACCCCAACCCCCAAAGCACCAGCCCUCAGCCGUCCCAGCUCACGAGAGCCCACUCCCAGGAGAGCCACCUCUGCUGAGACCCCCCCUUCAAGCCGGCCCAGGUCGCUGGACGGGAAGCCCAAAGGGGUCAGUACCCCCGAGCUCUUGGUUGCGUGCCGCCCAGGAUCUAUGGAAGCCAAUCAUAAGAACGGUCCUUUGCCCGAGACCACGGCAUCCAGUCGGCCCACUACGAAGGCGAGCUGCGCCUCGGCGGUUCAGAAGGCCCCUACGGAAGUGGAUGAGGACCCAAGAGAAUCUCCCCAGCGGGAAGGCCCUGCAAGACCUCCAACGUGCCUAGCGCCAUCUUGUUAAAGAGCCCUCUGAAGGUCAAAUCAAAAAUUCUAUUACCAACGACUAAAACCAGCCUUUUUGCUCCCACUUUUCAAGCCAUUCUAGGUUUUUCUCUCUCUCGUUCUCUUUCUCUUUUCCCCCUUCCCCAGCCAGACUCAGUCUCAAGGCAUCUACAUUUCCGGUCUCACCACAUCCCAGAUUUCCUUUCUCUUUUGCAUUUACGAGCUAGCACCUUCCAUCCAGACAAGGGCAGUCCUGCCUAGCAGUGAAAACCACGCCAUUCUCAAUUUGUCCCCACUCACCAAAAAAGGGAGGGAAUUACUGCCCAGGAGACAACACACCUGAUGGGACACAGGGCUAUUGAUACAUCCUGAGCUUUCCGAUGAAAAAGAAGAAAAAAAACACAGGGACCACUGUUGGGAGGGACAGUGCCGUCAUACCUAACUGGUGUUUUCAUGGUAAUAGACACUAAAUAAAGCUAAC